UUCUCUGUUUUCUCCAAUAAGGGGCCUUGGCUUUUCCUUCAUCCUCUCUCUUGAACUUAUUCAUUUCUCUCUCACUCUCUGUUUUUCCUCUGUUUCUCUCAAACCAUACCUUUUAUUAUUCCCAUUAUUUUAGUAUUAGAAACUAGUUUUGCAUUGUUAAUACAAUGGCCAUAGACUGCAUGACAAAUAUACAAACCAUGUCUCAGCCACAAAAGCAGCAGCAGCAGCAAGACCACAAAGAAGAUGAAACUCCAUUGGUUUUUGAUGCCUCACUUCUAAGGCACCAACUCGACCUACCAAAGCAAUUCAUUUGGCCUGAUGAGGAGAAGCCAUGCAUGAAUGUGCCUGAGCUUGUUGUCCCUCUCAUUGACCUGAGGGGAUUCCUCUCUGGUGACCCUGUUGCCACAAUGGAAGCUGCAAGAAUGGUUGGUGAAGCAUGCCAAAAGCAUGGUUUCUUUCUGGUAGUCAACCAUGGGAUUGAUGCCAACUUAAUCUCUCAUGCUCAUAGCUACAUGGAUGACUUCUUUGAGGUUCCCCUGCCUCAGAAACAGAGAGCUCAGAGGAAAACAGGGGAACACUGUGGCUAUGCCAGUAGCUUCACUGGCAGAUUCUCUUCCAAGCUUCCAUGGAAAGAGACACUCUCUUUUCAGUACUCAGCUGAGGAGAAAUCAUCCACUAUUGUCAAAGACUACUUGUGCAACACAUUGGGUCAGGAGUUUGAGCAAUUUGGGAGGGUUUACCAGGACUAUUGUGAAGGCAUGAGUAAUCUUUCUUUGGGGAUAAUGGAACUUUUGGGAAUGAGUCUUGGUGUUGGAAAAGCAUGUUUCAGAGAGUUCUUUGAAGAGAACAACUCAAUAAUGAGGCUGAAUUACUACCCUCCUUGUCAAAAACCUGACCUGACUUUGGGCACAGGACCUCACUGUGACCCAACAUCUUUGACCAUUCUUCACCAGGAUCAAGUGGGAGGCCUCCAAGUUUUUGUUGAAAAUGAGUGGCAUUCCAUUAGCCCAAAUUUCAAUGCUUUUGUUGUCAACAUAGGUGACACCUUCAUGGCUCUCUCCAAUGGGAGGUACAAGAGUUGCUUGCAUAGGGCAGUGGUGAACAGCAAGACAACAAGAAAAUCUCUUGCUUUCUUUUUGUGUCCAAAAAGUGAUAAGGUGGUGAGUCCACCAAGUGAAUUGGUGGAUGACUUGACCCCAAGGAUGUACCCAGAUUUUACAUGGCCUAUGCUGCUAGAGUUUACUCAGAAACACUACAGAGCUGACAUGAAAACCCUUGAAGCAUUCACCAACUGGCUUCAACACAAAAGGACCUGAAAUCUCAACCACAUCAAUGCCAUAUUAUUUAUUAGCCUUUUGAUAUUCCCAUAUGAAAAAUGAAUAGUGACAUGUGCCAAGUGGAACUGUAUUUGAUGGCGGAAAGCACUUCAAGGAAAAGGGCAGCAGCAAAAAGGCACUGAGAAUGAAAAAUCAGAAGAAAAUUCAUAUUUUCUUCAUGUGAUUAGUGAUUAGUAGUAAUGAACAAAACGAGGGAUAUAUAAUAUUUAUAAGGAAUCCAUAAGAAACAAUUGGCCAGCUAAUUUUGUAAUUUUUCUUUGGUGAUAUAGAAAAGCUUUAUUAUUAAA